AUUAAGUCGAGCUCUGUUUGUUCAUUUUACUAUACCCAAGACAAAACCAUGUCAAAUAGAGUUUUCUAGACGAUGGUUUGUUACCUCACAACUUUACAGACCCAUGGCAUUUUACUCUUUAAAGCCUUUGACUGAGCAAAGAGUAGUUCAACUGAAAAAGACAUUUGAAAAGAAUUUGAGUGCUUUGGGUGUUGUAGGUAGAAUCUACCUUGCACCAGCAAAAGGCAUUGGCGGAAUCAAUUGCCAAAUGUCUGUACCAAUUUCACAGUUGGAUCAAGUCAAAGAAUACUUUAAACAACAUGAAUCUGAUUUUGGAACAAUAGAGUAUACACAAGGCAUGGAAGAUACCACAACGCCCAGCUUUGAAAAGCUUCGAGUGUUGAUCAAAAAGAAUUUGGUGGCUGUUAGACACAACAUCAACAUGAAAGAACUAGAGAAUCAGCCUGAAUAUUUGACAGCUGAAGAAUGGCAUCGAGACUUAAAAGAGAAGAAGGAUAUAUUUUUGAUAGACAUGCGCAAUCGAUAUGAAUAUAACCUAGGUCACUUUACGAAUGCGAUAAAGAUGGAUGUAGACACAUUUAGAGAUGGCGUACAUUUGUUAGAUGAUAUGGUGAAGGAUAGAUCAAAGGAUGAAGAUAUAUAUAUGUAUUGUACAGGAGGCAUACGAUGCUCUGUUGUUGGGCCAUAUCUGAAAAAUAAGGGAUAUAAGCAUGUCAAGAUGCUAAAGGGAGGCAUAUCUGCUUAUGGACAAUACAUCAAAGAGAACAGUACAGAGUCUUUAUUUAAAGGCAAAAACUUUGUAUUCGACGGAAGAAGAACAGAAAGGAUCACGGAUGAUGUGCUAUCCAAAUGUUAUCAAUGUGGAUCCAGUUGCGAUCAUAUCACAAACUGUCAAAAUACAAGGUGUCAUUUAUUGUUUAUUCAAUGCGACAAGUGUAAUACAAACAAAGGUACUACAUGCAGUGCCCAUUGUCAAAAUGUGAUUGAAGGAAAGGAAAUAUACAAGUAUGAUUAUGAUUAUCAUCAGCAGCUCAAAGGGAUUUUAUAGUGCGCUUAGUUUAUCCAAUUCAAUAAUAAACAUGGAUAAAAGUCGCUCAUUGUCACUAUAAAACUCAAGUGUGGUAGAUGUAUAGUCUAGUGUGAACUGAACUACUUCACAUUGGAUGACAUUCUACAGAUAAAAGUAAAUUAUACACAGAUCAUCUAU